GCAUGGGCAAUGUAUGUAAAGCAGCAGCGGUUGACAAGACGAAUGGUAAUGAAUGCUAAAGUGAAGAGUGAAAGGAGUGUGAUUCAAUAUUUAAGGGAGAAAGGUAUGGAAGGUGGCCGUGAAUGGUACAAGUUCAUGAGAAGUGAGAAUAUGUCAGGCAGUGUUGGUGUGGAGAGUCUAAAAGUGGAUGGUGUAGUUAUAACAGAGAAGGACGGAAUCAGGGAGGCAAUCAAAGGGUUCUGAGAAGAAGUAGGUGGGGUAGGUGAGAUGUUUAGUGUGAGAGAAGGAUGUGUGACACUGGAAAGGAUGAAUGCAGAUGAACCGGAUGAAAGAAUCAGCAGGGAGGAAGUGGAGAGAUGUGUGAGAAGGCAGAAAAAAUGGCAAGGCAGCAGGUCCAGAUGAUAUACCGUAUGAAUUCUAUAAGAUUGGUGGGGAGUUAGUGGUUGAUAGAAUGAAUGAAUUAUUCAACCGAGUGCGGGAUGAAGCGAGAGUGCCAAGAAAGUGGAAUGAGAGCCGAGUGUGUCUGUUGCAUAAGGAAGGAUUUAAGAGUAAGAAUGAGUUGAAGAGCUACAGGCCAAUUGCAUUAGUGAAUACAACUGGUAAAGUUUUCAGUGCAGUGUUGAAUGAGAGACUGUGUAAAUGGAUUGAGAGAGCUGGAGUGCUGGGUGAAAAACUGAAUGGUUUUCGUGUGGAUAGGAGAGCUGAGGGCAAUAUUUUUGUGGUGAAUGAAAUGAUUGAAAAGAAAAAGAAGGAUGGGGAUAAACUGUACCUAGGUUUUUUGGAUAUAGAGAAAGCUUAUGAUAGAGUGAACAGAGAAAUGCUAGGUAUAGUCUUAGAAAAGAUUGGAUUGAGUGCAAAGAUAGUUAACAUAGUGCAAAGUAUGUAUGUGGACACAAGAGUUAGAUACAGGCUAGGAGACAUAGAAACAGACUGGGUGAAGAGUGAGAGAGGAGUUAGGCAAGGCUGUAUAUUGUCACCAACCCUUUUUAGCCUGUAUACAGAGGAGCUAGCAGCCAGGAUGAGAAGAAUGAAUGUAUGGGUAAGUGUGGGGAAUGAUAAAGUAUGUGUGCUUCUUUAUGCAGAUGACAUAGCUGUUAUGAGUGAAUCGGCAAAUGAGCUUCCAAGUUUGUUGGAUGUUGUGGACGGCUAUGGAAAAGACUUUGGAGUAAGGUUUAGCAGUGAGAAAAGCAAGGUAAUGAUUGUGAAUAGGUCAGAGAAUGAAAGUAAUGUGGUAUGGAGACUUGGAGAGAAUGAGUUGAAACAGGUGCAAGAUUACAAGUACUUAGGGAUGUGGAUGAGUCCUAGUGGGUGUGCAAAGGCAAAGAAUGAAAAGAUAAGUAUGGUAAACCAGUGGGCAGGUCGAUUGGGAAGUGUGGCAAGGAUGAGAGCGAGUAAGUAUGAUGUGUGGAAGAGUGUGGCUGUGCCAAGUGUAAUGUAUGGCAUGUGAUUGCAUGGAAUGAAAGUGAAAUUAAUAAGUUAGAAGUGGGCCAGAAUAGAGUAGCAAGGAUGGCACUGAGUGCACCGCGGUACACAGCAGUUGAAGCCUUGAGAGGUGAUAUGGGAUGGAGCACCUUUAGGAAAAGACUCACAAAAGCCACACUUAGGUACAAGAUUAGGCUUGAGAGAAUGGAUGAUACAAGAAUAGCAAGGAAGGUGGAAUGAAAGUGGAAGCAAAUGGAAGAAGAGGUGCAUGAGAAUGACAGACAGGAGUGGAUUACAAGUUGUGUGGGCGAUGAGAAUGGCUGGGAGGAAUCAAAAUGAGCGUGAUUGGGUGGUAACAAGAGGAGGCAGAGUGGGAGCUGAAUAGGAUGUGAGAAAAUGAAAGAAUGAGAUAGACAAAGAAGUGAAAUGUGUGGGACUGAAUGAAUGGAAGAAUGAGAUGGAAAGAAAGAGGACCCUGGAAUGGUACAAGGAGAAAGGGGCCCCGAGGUAUGAAAGGUGGUAUGAUGGAAGCCUGGAUGAUGAUCUCUUCCGAGCGAGGGCACAGUGUAUGGAUGUGAACGCAAGGAGUUACAAAUGGUCUGAGUCCUGCAGCAAAGUGUGCCAGAUGUGUGACAUAGGAGAUGAGACGGUGGAACAUGUGGUGCUGGGGUGUGUGAAGUAUGCCAGAGAAAGGAAUGGAUGGUGUUGUUGCUGGGACUGUGUAGAGAGGCGAAUGAAAAAGAUUGAGGCGGUGAAAGAGUUUCUGGCGUGCCAGAUGUAAGAACAAUUAGUGUAGAGGAUGCUGUUCGUUUCUCUCUCUCUCUCUCUCUCUCUCUCUCUCUCUCUCUCUCUCUCUCUCUCUCUCUUCCUUCUACAGGAGUUGCCGAUCCAAAGGCCUGGCGUAGGAGUGAUCCCGAGCCACCUGUAUCAUCAAGAUCAAGAUCAAGAUCAACCCGCCGCCGCCAAAAACAAAGCAUUGCAGCCGAUCACAGUGGAGCUUCAUUUACCCAGUGCAGUUGGCUGGUGCUGGUGAUCCACGUCUCGGUGUGUCGUGAGACCUGAUGCCCCCCCUCCCGUGUGUUGGCAAUUGCUGUAAGAGACCUCCUCCAGGCUGGACAGGAGGUUUCCCUUGUGAGCAGGCUGCAGGGACCCAGUGAAAAUCCUUUCCCCAGGCCUCUGUGUGGCUUGUGAAGGUAGAUACUGGAGGAAACUUGCUUGAGGGAAAGUAACUUAAAGGAAAGAGGAAAAGCAUGUCUCGACGGAAAGGACUCAGUCAUGAAGAAAAGAGGCAGAAGAUUAUGGAACUAUUCUAUGAGAAGAAAGAUUUUUUCCAAUUGAAGGAGCUGGAGAAAAUAGGACCCAAAGAGAAGGGUGUUAUUUCUCAGGCCAUAAAGGAUGUGGUUCAGUCUCUUGUGGAUGAUGGUAUGGUGGACACAGAAAAGAUUGGCACAUCAGUAUACUUCUGGGCCUUUCCAAGCAAAGCCAUAAAUAUUCGUAAGCGCAAGUUAGAUGACAUGAAAUCCAAGUUCCAGGAGGUGGACAAGAAAGCAAAGAUUUCUGUGAUCAAAGUGGAACAAGCAAAGGUUGGGCGUGAGGAAAAUGUGGCCCGAACAGAAGCACUGGCGUCACUGAAGGAACUACAGGAGACACAGAACAAGCUACAGUUAGAGAUCCAGAAAUACCGUGACAGUGACCCAGAGGUCCUUGCCCAGAUAAAGGAGAACACUCAGGAGGAGCCAGCCAGCAACAUGGUGCGGCUCAAGGUGCGGUGCCGGUGCAUCGUGGUGGUGGUGGUGGUGGCCCAGAUUUUUGUAGUGCUAUGGUUCUUUUCACAACCUCUGGAUCCCCCACAACAAUUCCUGCAGAGAUUGUCUAGUGAAGGUGGACAGAGCAUCCUACAUUUGAAGGACCAGCCAGCAUACUAUUAUUAUGCCUCAUUUGGAAAGGAAUUGUGUGUCAGAGAGGGCACUGUGGUGGAUGAAAGCUCAGAGACUCACUGUGUCUGCCACACUGGAUGGCUAGGACGAAGGUGUGGCAUCCCAGCUUUAUUACAAAGUUCCCCAUGGAUACAUGACCCUGAGAUGAUUAACAACCUGCAACUCAGGAGAAGAGUGAAGCGUGUUAUACUGUUACUGCCACUGUCCCAUGAGUUUGAUAUCUUUGAGGCAAAUGUGAAUGGACUUAGAGAUUUGGUAGAUGUUUUCAUUAUAGGGGAGAGAAAGUUGAACAGUAAAGCUUCCCAUCCUCUUCUCAAGAAACUAAAAAAUGGUUGGCUUGGAGAUCAUCAAGACAAAUUUAUUUAUGUACCUGCUAGGGAAAGCUACCUAAUGAAUUCCUCCCAUAUCCAAGGGAUUGUUCAUGAUGGUUUGCGUCUGCUUAGUGACAUCCGCCCUGAUGAUCUCCUCAUCUUAACAAGUGGUGAGGAGAUAAUAGCUCGUGAUGUGUUGGUCUUCCUAAAGCUGUUUCAAGGCUACCCACUUCCAAUCAGAUGCCAAUUCAAACACUACAUAUAUGGAUUCUUUUGGAGGGUAGAAAACAAUAGAAAUGGCACAAACAUACCUCAGAUAUGUAUCUUGUCUGUAAAAUUUUUUGCCAAUGCUUUCCAGUACCAGAUGUCAGAGUUACAGGAUGGGAACAUAUCUAAGGAAAGCAGGGAUUUUCUUAACACUAAAGACCAACCAGUUCAAGAAUGGACAAUUCCUGAGGUGGGUUGGAAGUGCCAUCUUUGUAUAUCUGCUCAGAACAUGUUUGAAAAAUUUAUAAACUUGCCUCAGGGUCUAAGGCCAAAAUGGUUCUUAGACUCACCCUCCAGUAUGUUGCCUUUCAUUCAGAGACUUGUAAAGUUUGGUCAGGAUGAAAAUCUUAACCCAGUUGGAAGUGCGAAUCUCCCUAGAAAGGACACCUUACCACCUUUCAUGUGGCAAAAUCAUGAUCGUUUUAGUUACUUAAUGGUGAACCCAUAUGAGACUAUGUCCAUCCAUAAUAUUAUUUAGUGCCUUCUUGGUAUUCUCGUUUAUAUUUAAUGGAGAAAUGAGGGCAACCAACAAAACAACAAAGUAAAAAUUGCUCAUUAGCAACUUGAGAUGCAAAUUGAAUAUUGUUUAUUUUGAUAGUACACUUACAAAUAUUUCUAUAGGUAAUUCCAUAGCUAAUAAAUUCAAACUGGCUUAUGGGAAACCCUCUUUCUUCAGUCUAUAAACUGAGAAUAUCAUUGUUAUAUGUGAGGAAUUUUAUUAAUAUAUAUUCAUGUUAUAAGUGCAGUCUAUAAUUUUUGUGCUUGAGAACACAAGCAAAAGCUUCCUGUUGUACGAGGUUACCAGAUGCAAGAAGAUCAUGAUCUGAAAGACAGGAUAUUAGAAUUACAAUUUCAUGAACACUGUGUUUGACGAUUUAUGCAAUGCUUGGAAUGGUAUAUGUAUGUGCAUUCAGUUAUCCUGAGAUAAAUCUUUCACCAUAUGUGCUGAGAAUCUCAAAGAAGCAAUAUCUGUUUAAAGAGUAUACAUUAUAUCAAGAAUAAACCAAAAGAUGAAAUCCUCCACUCAUGUCAGGCAUAGGAACUCACAAGCUAGGCUGCUGCUAGACUACCAUGAAUGUAAUGUACUGUUAUGUAGGCAUAUGGUUUGUCAUCUGAUAGUUGAGCAAGUUACCAUAUUCUUAUAAAAUGUCAACUCAGCUUUGAAACUAAUGGUACUGAAUCCUUUUGAUAAAUAUUGUUAAUUUAUUGAUACAUCAUGUAAUCCAGUGAUUCUGAUGGGUUAAUCUUUGUAAGAGAGAGGGAAUGGUUCCCUGGCAUGAAAUCAAAACCAAAAACAGCCUUGACAUUCAUGUGUUUGCAUUUAUAGUUUCUUACUGCUUUCAAAUAUAUAUGGUUUGAUCAUUGUAAUUCUGCUUGGUGCAUCUGGAUAUGAUAGUUCCUGAUAAAGUUGUAGUUCACAAAACGUAAGGCAAUGUCAAACGUAAGUAGUACUAUAAUGAAGCUGUGAUUUGAUGUAGAUUCAGCAUGCCUUACCCAGUUUUAUUUGAAAUUUGUUAGAGCCCAUUUCCCAGAUAAUGUAACUGAAAAUUCACUGUUUAUGGUUCUUUUAAUCAAGGCUUUUUGUAACAGUACACUUGGCAACUUAUGAGACAAAGCUAAAAAUAAUUUACUGUCAUUUUUCAACAAUAUUGGAUCUUGCUAGAAGUUUUGGUCCCAGAUUUUGGAUGUAUGUGUAUAUUUUUAUAACAUAUUGGUCUAGUUAUAUAUCAUUAAGUAACUCCAAUGUCUUCCAAUGUGUGGUUUGAAAAUAUAAGCUAGUUAUGCUAAACAAUUGCAGAAUACUGUUGAUCAUUCUCAAAUUCUAUUGCAGAUCUACCACAGUCAUCAUAUAUCAUAAUAUUUCAUGGCCUUGUUUUCUUCCUGUGCCAUUAAUAGUAGGCCUUUAUAGUUACAUGAAAUGUUAAAGAAAUGAAAAAUAGUCCUAGAGCUUAGAAUCAAAUAACAUUACCACCAAUUCAUACUAAGUUAAUGUGCAUGUAAUGAAAAGGGUGAGACUGGUAUAUAGAUGGUGUCAUUUUAGGUAAUUUAUUUUCCCUGAAUAAGUUUUGCCAUUCUUGCUAUAACACCUUAGAAUAUAGUUAUUUCCCCUCCCCUCAUUCUGUCUUUUUAGUUAUGUCAUAUAUCCAAGGCACGUUUAUAUAGUUUUUCUUCAGUUAAAAUUUUCUUCUCUAUCUAUCAGUAUUAAUGCUCAAGAGCACAUCUUGAGGACAUCAUAUGAUUAUUCUUUUUAAAGUGUGUGCCUAGGGUUUGUUCAAUAUCUAAGCACUAGUAUUUUUUAUAUUACACUGAAGAUCUCAGAAAAAAAGUCAAUUAUAAAUAGGUAGUGAAUGUAUAACACUUUUAUUAAGUCAAUUAAUUACAUACAAAUCUAUCCCAUUGACAUAGAGGUAUACCAAUGAUCUACCAGCAACUGAUGGCCAGGUCCCUCCUUUAAUCUGAAUGAAAUUGACCUUCAAAUUCUUGCAACUGCCUUGGUAGCUUACAGGGUUGCUACAAAUAAUUUCACAUUGCACUUGCAUAUGUAAAUAAACCAUAACUUGAAACUAAAUUUAAAUCUUUAAUAUGUUUGUUAUAGGGCACUUGUGUAUAGGCAAAUCAUGAUCUAAUGUUCAGUUACCAGUUUUCCAAGUUGUGAAUGAAAACCCAACACUGCUCCAUAACAAAUGAGUAUGCUUAAUCACUCAUGUGAUGUCAGGGUCACUUCUCAGUGGUUUUGUGGCUUCAGUGUGGUGUUUUCUAAUAUGUUGCAAUAUAUUAGAAAAAUGCCACUAUUGAAAUCACAAAACUGCUAAGAACUGAUCCUGACAUCAUGAUAAGAUCAUAUGAAGCAGUUACGUAUGUGUCCUUGUGUAUAUGUGAACAUACAUACAAACACACACCAGCCCAAGUCUGUUGCUGCAUUAUUAUUAUUAUUAUUAUUAUUAAUAUUACAUGAUGUCUGGCACAGCAAAACAGUCAAUCAAGUAUGACCGUAGAAUCAAGGUAAAUCAAUUGUGUUAACUGUUAUCUGUUCUAAUAAACACAUAGACCUUUUAUUAAAAAAAAAAUAAUAAUAAUUAAUGCUAAUGUAUGUGAUAAUCAAUUUGCCACUAAUACUUAUUGGUCAUGGGUAAAGCUCACAAAAUGUGAAGAUAUACAAUGUUAUUGUAGGUAGUAUCAAACAUUUCUGCUGGUUACUAUGGCAUAUUUGAGGUGAAUCCUUAAGUGAUCCAUCACACAAAGAAACCCUGGUUAUCUGCUUCCCGUGAGGAAAUGCAAUUUGUUUGAGUUGCAGUACACAAGCUUGUCAUGUACUCUAUUGUUUAUACUACAAUAGUUUCAUUGUAUGGAUGGUUUGCUCUGUUUUGUGAUUUAUAUGCUCUGUUACAGAAAAUAGUAUAUUCUCAUUCUAUAACAGACAAGGAGAUGAUGCAGCUCAGUGAUUAUUGUUAGUAGCCAAGUAAGCUACAGUGAUACAUUCUCCUUUGAUAAAUUUUUCUAAUACUACAUAUAUUUUCUCCAUAAAUACCAUUAACAGUCUUUGUAGUGGGAGCUUCUUCCAGUAAUGAAAACCUGCUUAAAAAACUAUAUUUCUUCCAUAAUGCCAUUAACAGCCUUUGUUGUGGGAGCUUCUGGUUCCAGUAGUAAUGGUAACCCUGUACUUCCAAUAACAAAGUUGUAACAUGAAGAUGAUCUUAGGGCAUUUAUUGUUGUUUAUAUUAGUCAUUUGAUCAAUCACCUGCAAUACUUAAAAAGUGACAGUGUGACUUCAUUGGGCUUGGUAAAUACAAGGCUGGCAAAAAUUAUUAAGCAGUGCCUAAUGAAGUAGGAAUGUGCCCAUGCCUGAUUCUAGAUGGUCUCACUCUUCAUAAAGGUGGAAAACUGUGUUAUCACAGAUACCUAGUGGCCAGAGAAAAAUGGGACCAACAGUUAUAUCUUUGCCACAAGGAUUUUUUUUAUUAAUUUAUUUUUCUAAAAAUAUUGGAGACAGUCAAAUGACCAUACUGAAACUUCAUUAUAUUAUUUAUAUCUUUUUGAAUUAUUCAUGGCUUUAUUAAAAGAAGACACUACUGGUCCACUGCACACAAAGUUUGUAUUUUCAUGUUAGUGCCUAAGAUUUUGUGUGAUUUAUUCAGGAAGUUUCUUAUACCAAGGAUUAGUAUCAAUCUUAGAAAUUUGUAUGGUAUUGAUAGUGUUGUGCUAUUAUGUUAGCAAACUUGUUUAGUAAUUUCACAGCAUAAUCAAGAUUGCUGUCUUGCAAUGCCAGCUUACAGUAUGAAAAAAUAUCUGGAAAAAAAUAAUAAAUAAAUAAAAUAAACCCAGGAUAAACUUAGUAAUGUGGUUUCUAAAGCAAGUAUAACAAUUUUUUAUCCCAAAUUUAUGUAUCAUGUUAGCAAUCAAGUGAUCUUGCAUCCCAUGCAAGCAGAGGGGAUGAAACACUAAAACUUUCUUGACUCAUAAAUGUUCCAUUUAUUGUUGUAGCAAGUCAUUUUAAUACUUCAGGAAGGAUUCUACUAAGCUCAGUAAUGGAGAAGAUUCAUAUCUUGGCUUUGGUUAUAGUAUUUUUUGUAUCAAAUUGGACAAUAUCUAAGUAAACAGUGAUUUCCAUGCCUAAAGAGGCAGCAGCAAUUUAUUUUUUUCUCAAAAAAGAAAGGAGAAACCUACUAGCCAUAGAAAGAUUAGCAAGGAUUCAGGCACCAGAUUUUUAAAUGAGAAAUCCAAGAAAGAGUACAGCAUUUCAAGAUAACAUCAUGCAGAGCUGCCAGAAAACUUGCAAUCUUUAACAGUAUGCAAGAAAUGUCUCAUAUCCAGCAAGAUAUACAAAGCCUGGACAGUACUGAAGAAAGACCAUGCAGAACAACAGAAAUAUGUUGAAGUGCAUCAAUUAAUUCAAAAUGUGGUAAGAUGUUAUAGCCCAUUAUAAUUACGAAAGUAGAUUUCUGUGAAGCCACUUCCUCCUUGCUAGAUUGGCUCUGUCCCUUUUCAUCUGAGUAGCUGUUGACCAUACAGAAGUAUUCCAUGAGUUACAUGAUUGAAAACACUUGUAAUUUCAUUGUAUGACAGUAUUCUGGUUCACUCAAUAAGAUUUAUUAAGAAAUGUACAAUUUGCUGUUAGGCACUGAGGGAUGGUGGGCCAUUCAUAACACCCAACAUGUCAAACCUAUAGAAACUGAUUUAAGGUCCUGCUCAAAUGAGGUGAUUUCACUCAUGUUUUCAAUUGUGUGAGUGCAAGGUCAGUGAAACUGUAUGGGAAUGUUUACAUGUAGUUGCUUGUUGCUGGAGCAAAUGCAUGAUUUGAGAUAUCCCCUGCACUUGUGCAGUUUCUCAGCAACUUGAUGUGCAUGUGUUUGUAUGGAGUCAUACAUAUAAGAAGACAAAUGCUGUGCUUUCAUGAUGACAUGGCAUCUCAUUGGCUGGUGAGAGAAGCAUGUUAGCCAGUCCCCUGUGGGUACUCCAUGUGGAGAGUGGAAAUGGAGGAGUCUGUUGAAGUUGAAUGACCAGGAGUGUGACCUCAUUAUGGUGCUUGUUGAAAAUAUGUCAUCUUGAACUUGUGCAAGUAGGUUGUCAAAUUACUCAAUUAACAUUCAUAGGUAGCUGAAAAAUUUGGAGUUUAAGUUCUCACAACCUCAGAUACAAUGUUGUAACAUGUCUAGCCAAGGGGAGUGGCUUCUCAGUACAAAUUUACUCUUGUGAUUUGAAGUGACUGUUAUAGAUUCUUUUCAAGAUUAAUACCAUUAAGACUAUAAUUAGAAUUAUGACAGAGUGCAUUUAGUGAAGAGAAGGUAUAGAGAGGCUUAUUAAAAUUAACAGGCAGUGUUAACUUUCAUGUCUAAAUAGAUCAUGAUGUUCAAGUUAUGUCUCCCUGCCAUUUCAUGCAUAUAUGUCAUGUCACAAAGACAAGCACUGACUGAAUAACUCAUUCAAUUAAAAAUCCUCGAGAUCUUUAAAACACAUGCUGAGAAUCAAGAAAACUUGGGAAGUCUUGACACAUCUUAAUGAAAAAUUAGAUUUGAAACAUGAAUCUGGACUAAAAUUUGAAAAACUGUCAGAUAGGAUGCCAAAUUGAGCAGUAUUUUUUUAAGCAUACAAAUAAGACUAAAUAUUUCAAGUUAAUCAUGGAAUUUGCAUAAAUUUUUUUAAUUAUGAUCAGUAAUAAUGCUUGUAAAAUGACAAACAAUUUUUUUUUGUCAGAUAUUAUAUCUAUGUAGAGGUGCUACACCCUAGUGGUAACUGGUUGUAUAUUUUGAGUACUACUUGGGGAUAAAUCCUAUAUAAUUUU